AUGAUCGACUCUCAAAGAGUCAAGCUGCCGUCUUCAGCCAGAGUCAUCCAGAACCAGCCAGAACUAGCCAGAGUCAUCCAGAACCAGCCAGAACUAGCCAGAGUCAUCCAGAACCAGCCAGAACUAGCCAGAGUCAUCCAGAACCAGCCAGAACUAGCCAGAGUCAUCCAGAACCAGCCAGAGUCAUCCAGAACCAGCCAGAGUCAUCCAGAACCAGCCAGAGUCAUCCAGAACCAGCCAGAGUCAUCCAGAACCAGCCAGAGUCAUCCAGAACCAGCCAGAGUCAUCCAGAACCAGCCAGAACUAGCCAGAGUCAUCCAGAACCAGCCAGAACUAGCCAGAGUCAUCCAGAACCAGCCAGAGUCAUCCAGAACCAGCCAGAGUCAUCCAGAACCAGCCAGAGUCAUCCAGAACCAGCCAGAACCAUCCAGAACUAGAGUCAGUCAGUUAACUCCAAGAGCAGUAAUGUGGGCUGCUUCCCACGCUCUCCGCCCUGUUAAGGAACGGCAUCUUAUUUAA